GGGGAAAACUUAGGGUUUGAACUUUGAAGCAGACUCUAUAUGGAGAGUUUGAAAACGGCGCUCGUAGCAAGACAAUCAGGGUUUGAGGAAGAACAAAAUGCAGCUGAGGAAAGCUUCUCUGUUUAUUUCAAGCCGGUUGAGUUGUACAAAUGUCUUGGGGUCCGGGCUUCUAGAAAGCCAUUGUUUCGAGCAAAUUGUUUACGUUAUAAAUUAGAAGAGAAACACAAAAGAAGGGUACAGUUAUCAGUAUCCAUAAGCAGAUCUCUCGAUGAUGGACCCCAAACAAUGCAUAUUUUUCCUUUGUAUGUAGUGUUGGCAAGACCGGUGCCUACAACAAAUGCCGAGGCACUACAAUCUAUCCGUUAUAGGUUCAAACGAGCCUGCAAAGUGACUGCUUUUAACGUAGCACCCACAAUGCGAUCACCACAAGCCAGAUUUAUUCUUCCGGAGAUAAAUAAGUUAUCAACUGAGUUCAAAUCUGGUUCUCUUGCUAUUCUGUUAGUUAGCUUUGCUGGCAUAACAAACCGAACAGUGAUUGACCUAACAGAAGAUCAUAUGGAUUCACCCUCAAACGAGGGUUGCUGCCUAAUGGGGAAGACUCUUUUUGAUUUUAUUCAUUUUUCAAAAGAGAAUUCACCUAAAAUGAGUAUAGGAGGGAGAGCUCAGUUUAUGUCGACUAUCAGCUUGAGCUCGUGUUAUAUGAAGUUGAGCUGUUCAGAUGGGGAGAAAUGCCUAUCUUUUCGGUUUCCGCAUAAUUCUGAAGCUGUUGUAUUGCAACAAGUACGCGUUAUUGUUACGGCAGAAGAGCUCGGGGCAAAAGAUAUAUCGCCUUUGGACGUGCAUUCAUACAACAAUACUUCUACUGAUAAGCUGCCUGAAGAUCAAAGGCCAAGAACAAGAGAGGUCAUAUUCUUCUACAUAUACGACAAUGAUAGGCUGCACAAGACACAAGUUACUGAAGAUUAUACUUGCCCAUUUUGCUUGCUAAAAUGCGCAAGUUACACGGGACUUGCAUGCCACUUACCAGCAUCGCAUGAUCUCUUUAACUAUGAGUUCCGGGGUGAAGGGGCUUAUCAAUUUGUGUUUGUAUCGGCUAAGUUCAAUGCAUCCUCCGCUGAGAUAGUUGGAAGAAAGCUUUAUCCUCGAGAAAAGGAGUUUAACUUCUGCCGUCGGCCAAUGCGAAGAAAGAAAUUAGGGAGACAAAAUCAAAAUCAUGCGGGGCCACUUGUGUUGGAUUCAAAUAAAGGACACGAUGCUAGAAACCAAUCCCUCUUGUUGAGACGAACUUUUGUGCAUUCUCGUACGGGCCAGCCAAUGGCAUUAGAGCAGGUGUUUGGUGAUGAAGAUAGCGAAGACGAGGUUGAUGAUGACGUUGCUGAUAUUGAAGAUAGAAAGAGGCUGGAUAGGUUUGUAGAUGCUACCCAACAUGAGAAGCUAUUGAUGCAUCUCUGGAACUCAUUUAAGAGAAAGCAAAGGGUGGUGGCAGACGGACACAUUCCGUGGGCUUGUGAGGCGUUUUCAACCCUGCAUAGACAAGACUUUCUCCAGAGUCCAGAAUUGCGCACGUGUUGGAACGUAUUCAUGGUUAAGCUAUGGGAGAUUGGUCUUCUCGAUGCACAAACGAUGAACAACUGCGGAUCCAUACUAAGCCAAAAUGCCGAAAAGAAAAACUGAUUGAAGGUUUUGUUGUUGUGUUAAGAUGUAGAUCUCAAGAAAAUGUUAUAAGUUGAGGCAAUUGGAGACUGUAAUGCUAGCCAACAUCCUAAACAGCUAUAGAGACCGAAAUCCUGAAAACCGAAACUGAUUGAAAGUUCUUUUCAUACUAGCAUAGCAGCAGUUGGUAGCGUUUUGUUGUGAUACAUCGCCGAUUAUAUUAUAUCAAGUGUAAGAAGGAUUUAUAGAGUG